CUCUUGUUGCCUGCAGGAAUGUUGGUCCAGAACCGAGGGCUUUCAAGGCGUGACGCGUGCUUAAGGGUAAUGGCCGCAGCUUGAGCGUAAAUGAUGUCGAGAUAUUCACGCUUGUACAGCAGCGCAAGCUCUGCAAGAAAAGAACUGGAUCGUAGCUCGCCGGUAAUGACUCUAAUCGACCUCGAGCACCUUCUUUGCACAGGGAAGUCGUUUUUCAAUCGUGCAGACGAGGUGUGGCCCAGGCUCUAUCUUGGUGACCGGGAUUUCGCUUCAGACCACCGUGAGCUUGCUAUGAUCGGUAUUACGCACAUUCUGAACUGUGCACACGUCAACUUUCGCGGUGGUGCGGAGAACUAUGAGGGCAUGAAUAUCACAUACCAGGGUAUUGAAGCCCGUGACUCGCCCACUUUUGACAUGAGUGUCCACUUCCACCCUGCAGCCGAGUUCAUACACAAGGCACUGAUCAGCGGAGGGAAGAUCCUGGUGCACUGUGCAGCAGGAGUGAGCAGAUCAGCAACACUGGUUCUGGCCUACUUGAUGAUCCGGCAGAACAUGACUCUGGUGGAUGCAAUCAAGACCGUGAACGACCGUCACAGUAUUUUCCCAAACCGCGGUUUCUUGCGACAACUGACUGUGCUAGAUAGCACCCUUCAUCGCAGGUACAUGACCUAG